AAAUUUGCCAGGAAGCAGCAGCUUCUUGCAGCGUAUUUCUCUGGCUGCAGGAUAUUUUCCAGCACAGAGGGGACCACUCAGACAGCGCGCUCAGCCCAGAAGAACGAACUUCAUGAAGCACGACAAGCCAGAGGUGACUCCCAGCACAGCCUACCACUAACUCCAAGGUCAGCCACACGGUACCUACCUGCACUGAUCGGCAGCUGCUGGCGGAGGACUUGGCUCUGAGAACUGUAAGCACUGAAAAUGGAAAGAUUCCUGGGUUUUACCCAUAACCACUGUAUCGUCGUGCUGUUCUUCAUCUCCCUGAGCCCGCAGGGCUUUGCUCAGUAUGAACACUGGCCCUACCUCCCCGGUUACCCUGAGCCACCUCCACAAGUGUACCAGCCCCCCCAGAGACCAGCAGAUGUUCCCAAGAUCCAGCUGCGGCUUGCAGGGCAGAAGAGAAAACACAACGAAGGCAGGGUGGAGGUGUUUUACAGCGGCGAGUGGGGCACGGUGUGCGACGAUGACUUCUCCAUCUACGCUGCGCACGUGGUCUGCAGGGAGCUGGGCUACGUGGAGGCAGUGUCUUGGCUACCGAGCUCAAAGUAUGGAAAAGGAGAAGGGAAAAUUUGGAUGGACAAUGUCCACUGUAAUGGCAAGGAGACCACCCUGGCAGCAUGCACUUCAAAUGGCUGGGGAGUAACUGACUGCAAACACACCGAAGACGUGGGAGUGGUCUGCAGUGAAAAGAGAAUCCCUGGCUUCAAGUUUGACAACUCCUUGCUUAACCAAAUAGAGAACAUGAACAUCCAGGUGGAGGACAUAAGGAUCCGCGCCAUCCUCGCCACCUACCGCAAGCGGGUGCCUGUCACAGAGGGUUACGUGGAGGUGAAGGAUGAAGGGACCUGGAAGCAGAUCUGCGACAAGCACUGGACCAUGAAAAAUUCCCGAGUUGUCUGCGGCAUGUUUGGGUUUCCGAGUGAGAGGAAAUACAACACCAACGUCUACAAGAUGUUCGCCAGCAGAAGGAAGCAGCAUUACUGGGCUUACUCAAUGGACUGCAGUGGGAAUGAGGCUCAUAUCUCCAGCUGCAAACUGGGCAAUCACCUCAAUGUGGAUGCAGAGAAGAACGCGACCUGUGAGAACGGGAUGCCCGCAGUUGUCAGCUGCGUCCCUGGCCGUGCCUUUGCCCCCAGCAGCCACAGUGGCUUCCGAAAAGCCUUCAGGCAGGAGCAACCGCUGGUGAGGCUGAAAGGGGGAGCCAACACCGGCGAAGGACGCGUUGAAGUGCUGAAAAACGGGGAGUGGGGAACGGUUUGCGACGAUAACUGGAACCUGGUGUCCGCCAGCGUGGUGUGCCGAGAGCUGGGCUUCGGGAGCGCCAAGGAGGCGAUAACGGGCGCGAGGCUCGGGCAAGGCAUGGGUCCAAUUCAUCUAAACGAAAUUGACUGUACGGGCUUUGAAAAAUCAGUCACGGACUGCAAAUUCAACACAGAGUCGCAGGGCUGUAACCAUGAAGAAGACGCUGCUGUGAGGUGCAACGUUCCAGCGAUGGGUUUCCAGAAUCAGCUGCGUCUGAGUGGCGGCCGCAACCCUUACGAGGGCCGGGUGGAGGUCCUGGCAGAGCGCAACGGCACUCUGAAGUGGGGCACCGUCUGCAGCGAGAACUGGAGCACCGUAGAGGCCAUGGUGGUGUGUCGGCAGCUGGGGCUGGGCUUCGCCAGCCACGCCUUCCAGGAAACCUGGUACUGGCACGGAGACAUCAGCGCUGACAACGUCGUCAUGAGCGGCGUCAAGUGUUCGGGGACAGAGAUGUCCCUGGCCCACUGUCGUCACGAUGGAGCCGAUGUCUCCUGUCCCAGAGGAGGGGGUCGCUUUGGUGCUGGCGUGUCCUGCUCGGAGACUGCCCCUGACCUGGUGCUCAACGCCGAGCUGGUGGAGCAGACGGCCUACCUGGAGGACCGCCCGAUGUUCAUGCUGCAGUGCGCGCUCGAGGAGAACUGCCUGGCCAGCUCGGCCGUCAACACCUCCGUCACUUCUGGGUACCGGCGCCUGCUGCGCUUCUCCUCCCAGAUCCACAACAACGGGCAGUCCGACUUCCGCCCCAAGAACGGCCGCCACGCCUGGGUCUGGCACGACUGCCACCGGCAUUACCACAGCAUGGAGGUUUUUACCCACUAUGAUCUACUGAACCUCAACGGAACAAAGGUGGCUGAAGGACACAAAGCCAGCUUCUGUCUGGAAGACACGGAAUGCGAAGCAGAUGUGCAAAAACAGUACGAAUGCGCCAAUUUUGGCGAACAGGGCAUCACAGUUGGAUGCUGGGAUGUGUACCGUCACGACAUCGACUGCCAGUGGAUCGAUAUUACCGAUGUCCCACCAGGCGAUUACCUCUUCCAGGUUGUCAUCAACCCAAACUACGAAGUCGCUGAAUCCGAUUAUUCAAACAACGUGAUGAAAUGCAGGAGCCGAUACGAUGGGCAGCGCAUCUGGAUGUACAACUGCCACAUAGGUGGCUCUUUCAGCGAGGAAACGGAACAGAAGUUUGAUCACUUCAGCGGACUCACAAAUAACAAGGUGGCCACCCGAUAGAACGGCAUCGCCUCCCACCCCACUAUUUAAAGCAGCGAGGUUUCCUGCUUCGGUGAUUUCCCUAACCACUGCACAAAAAAGAGAAUCAAGCAAACAAUCAAACUCUAAAUUAGCAAGGUAAAUUAUUUUCUAAAGGUGCCUUCUUUCCCAGUCUAGGUGCUCAGACCACCACAUGUCUCUUGUAACUCCAGUCCCCACCACUGAGGUAGUUAGGAGCAGGCUUCUAAGCUCUACUUGGCUCCGCAUCUUCACCAUUCCAACCUUCUCCCCAACGAUUUCUCCCUCCACUUUGCAGCGCCACCUCUAUUCGCAGACCUAGGUCCAGGCUGCAGCAAGCACAAUUUGCCUUUGUUUGGGUACCAGCAACCUAAAUGUGUCUUUACCAUUCAUUUUCUUCAAGGCAUUAAUCUCGGUAUCUUUAAGCUCUCUGACUCAAGCUUGAACGCACCAUUGAUGCAAACGCCUCCACCUGUGACGCUGCUUCUCGAACACAGCUAACCCUCAGUACCGCCAUGUCAUUACUCCAUUUUAGCAAAGAAAUACAGGAAAGGAAAGAAAAAUGGAGCCGCUUUUUCGGAGCAGAACGGUGUAAAGCAUAAUUUAAUACUGCGGUGAAACUCUUGUAUUCAACAAUCGCCUCCCAACACAAUCUCUUAAGCGGAGCAGCUAAUGCAGAACUGUUUUCUACCAAUGCAUCAGGGCUCCGUGAAGCUACACCUCCCUUGUAACAUCUAGAAGACAUUGCAGUUCUCCUGAUGAGUCCACUGGACUGUGAAUUUCCAUUACACAGUAAGCUAUUCACCCAACAGAGUCUACAUACAUCUAAAUAUUACCUUCUAAGCUGGAUAUGCGCUCUGUCUCUUCUUUAAAGGAUGAAUUUAGUUAAGGCAUUGUUGUAUCAUCGCUGUACCUUACAGAGGUAACUUCGUGGCUUUCAUCGUCAGGGAGCUGGGCCUGUGCUGUCACGGCCCCGCCUGUGUAAGUUGUCUUUAAAAGGAUUUUUACGCUUGGUAAAUUCAUAAUGGUGCUAAGCGUGUCCCUCUGUUUGUUUGAGGCCACGCGUUGCUACGGAUUUUCAGACACAACUACUUAAAUAAAAAUGUUUUACCCGGAAAAAUGUUUUAUAUGCCAUUUGUGUAUUUCUACUCCAUUGAAAGUUUAGAGCCUUGUUCACCAUUCCUGCUACUGAAGUUUGUUCUCCCUCUGUGUUUGUACAGAAGACUUCCACAAGCAGCUAAAGUUAAUGCAUACUUAUAGCUGAGCAUUUCGAUCCACGGGGGGAUUGAAACUGGCUGCAUCCAGCUCGUGCUCUCCAUAACCUACCUCACAGGGAUGUUGUGAGGCUGAAAGAAUGCAGAAGUCUCUUGCUAAUGCCUGUCAGAGUAUUUGUCAUUUAUCCAGCGGCCCAGAUGGUGGCAUCGAGCAAAGGUUUUUAGCCUACUGUAAGCUGGAAAACUCCAUUUUGUUCUCAAGGUGCCAGAGGGCGUAGCAAAAGCAGAGUCUGAGAGGUGUUGGAUGCUGUAUUGCUGCUGCCACACCAAGGUGUCUUUGCAGCAUCUCUUAACGCCAGGCUCUGGGCAAAUCAGAACCGGCAAGUUCUGGUUUUCUUUUCCUAAUCCCUGUAUGACAGCUUUCCUUGCUAACAGCGCAACAAAGCGAGUCAGGCUCUUUGUAAAUAAGGAAAAAAAACCCUUGAAACUCACUUGCAUCCAAUGCUUGUCAGUUUUGUGGGAUAUUUUAACAAUAACAUUACAACAAAGUAAACAUUAAACAGCUCUUUUGACUCCUUCAGAUGCUCUGCUCUUGCUUACAGCUGAAUUUUGGCCAACAAGAUACAAUUCCCUUACUCUAAUGUCGGGUUUUUUUAAUUAUAGAGCAGGCUUUUCUGUAAGCAGCCUUACUUUCUGCAAGUGCCCCAGAGAGGAACAGAUGCUUUGAAACGGAGUAGGGCAAGAUGCUCUCCACAAUGAAGAGCUACCAGCAACCCUCUUGAGGCCAAGAUCGCAUUAAUAGUAACCUUCUUCCCUUCCCAACUUUAGAAAGAAAAGACGGUGCUAAUCCAUAUGAGAACAUCCCUGUGGCAACUCACUGUUCUGCAUGCAGUUUAAUAUCACAGCCGUGCUCAUCUAUACAUGUUUUUUCAGCUGAGAUGGUUUAUUCUUCCUGCUCCUGGUCCAAGCUUUCCGGCAGGAGCACUUCAGUGCCCAAGACGUCCUGCUGCUUGUGCUUCAAACCCAAAGCCCGGGUCACCAGCCUCUUCGCCACUGCAGUGUCAGUCUGGGGUCUUUCUUUCACAAGGUGAAGGAGCUCUAGGUAAAAAAAAUGGGUGAAAAAUCAUUAACUUAGUGCUUGUUCAGGAACAGUCUUGUGGCUAAACCAUAGGACUGGCAGGCCACAAGGGCUGCUUCUGAUUUUCUUAGUUCCUUGACACAAUUACCCCAGGAGCAUAAGCAAAUCAUUCUAUCCCCCUGCAGUAAAUCACUUUUUUCUUUUAGGAAGAUGUGCCUCCAGAUUUGUACUGAAGAUUUUUCAAUGACAGUUCAAAAGCUAUUUGGCUAUAAUUAAGCUCCAGGCCUCCUCUGCAGCGGUAGAGUGAGCUAUUCCCCCUUUGCUUUCGGGAACAGCUCCCUUAACCGUUCCUGGCAGAAUUCAGCAAGUCACAUCUCUUGAGAACAAAAUGAAGGCACACAGUCCAACCAAUUUAUCCACGCACAAGAAAGUCUGGUCUCAAUUGAGAUUAAUCAAAACAAGCAGCAAGGAAAAAAAAUAUGCAUUUAAAAAAAAAAUAGCUAAAUAUAUCAGAUGCUUUGGAAAAGCCCUUUGGCCAGUAAUCUCCAUUUUGUGGCAGACACGUGGCUUGCUGCAGUUUCAUCUUACAAGAAACAAAUACACCAAGACUUUACCAAGUCCGCAGUAGUCUGGAUUUGGCAAUUACCUACUCAUUUAUCAGCAACUGUUUGCAGAUUUAUUAUCCAGUUAGCAAUGGGGGCUUUGCUUGCUUUUUCACAAGUUUUUAUUAACAAGGUGGCCCAUCAGCAGCUUGAAGAAAAAGGGGCAGAUUCAAGGCAGCCGCAGAUUGGAAACCAGAACUGCCACUCUUUCUUGCCAAAGCUCAAAAAAAAAAAAGACAAAAAAGAAAAGAGACACUGUCAGCUAAUUAAGAUCUAAAUUUGUAUUUGGGGAAAAAAAAUUGCUACUUAAACUGAAUACAGAGUUUAUCUAUAAAGUUCCCCAGGAGGGGUUUAUAACCUGAUUCAGAAGCGAGCCAACAGGCUACAGCAGCGAGAAUCAGGGAGCGUGAAUGAACACAGACGAAGGGGAGAGUAAAAAAAAAAAUAAAAUAAAUCCAAUUCUUUGAUGUUUCAUUGAAAUCCAUCAGUCUUAAAAACUCAGGAACUUCUAACUGUGACAGUGUCCCUUUAAAGCGUUAAUACCGAAAUUCAUUUCAACUGCAAUGUACCGUAGAACUAACAGUGUAGUUGUACAUUCAGCGAAGUCUCUACUGCUACAAGAUUCAUGGCGUUUCUUUACCAUGGCAAGUAUAACUGAUUACAAUAUGAUUUUAAAAGGCAAUAAAAUAAAUAAAACAA